UCAGAGCAGGAAGACAGGGACCAAAUAAAUUGUCUGCAUUUCAUUAUGUUUUCAAAGUGAAUGUGUGUUUUAAACUACAUUUUAGUGGACAGUUUAGUGGAGCAACAGAGGAACAGAGAGGAUUCUUGACAGAGAAACUGGAGGUUUUUGCCUAUUUGUGCGCCGAACAUCAAGAUGCUGGCUGUUCAUCUAGUUUCCUUCUUUUUCUCCAAACUCCAGGAGGAUCCCACAAAAAAGGUGGACCGGUUUCUGUACGCCAUGAGGCUCAAUGACGACCAGCUGAGAGAUAUCUCAGCUCGUUUCCAGGCUGAAAUGAAGAAAGGGCUUUCCUCUGAGAGUAACGCUGCAGCAGCCGUGAAGAUGCUGCCCACACAUGUCCGCUCCACUCCUGAUGGAUCAGAGAAAGGACAGUUCCUGGCAUUGGAUCUUGGAGGGUCCAGGUUUAAGGUGCUCCAAGUAAAAGUGAGAGAGGGUGUGGGGAUCAAGAAAGGAGAGGUGAAGAUGGAGGAGAAGACCUACUCCAUACCCAAAGAGCUCCUGAGUGGGAGAGCAACCAAACUCUUUGACCAUGUGUCUGAGUCUUUAAAGGACUUCAUACAAGAGAAGAACAUCAGUCUGCAGGAGAAACAUCCUCUGGCUUUUACUUUCUCUUUCCCAUGUGAGCAGUCCUGCUUAGAUCAGGGAUUGCUGUUGAGCUGGACUAAAAAGUUCGAGGUCCGAGGCCUUCAGGGUAAAGAUGUGGUUCAAACUCUCAGAGAUGCGAUUGACAGAACUGGGGAUAUGGAUGUAGAGGUGUUAGCCAUGGUUAAUGACACCGUAGCGACCAUGAUGACCUGUGGUUUUGAUGACAAGUACUGUGAUGUCGGACUCAUUAUUGGUACUGGAACCAACGCGUGCUACAUGGAGGCUAUGCGUAAUGUUGACCUGGUUCAGGGUGACGAGGGCAGGAUGUGUGUGAACACUGAGUGGGGGGCCUUUGGAGAUGAUGGGGCUCUGGAUGAUUUCAUCACUGAGUUUGACAGAAAUGUCGACGCUGCAUCCAGAAACCCUGGAAAACAAAUCUUUGAGAAAAUGGUCAGCGGCCUGUAUCUGGGUGAGAUAGUGAGGCUGGUGGUAUUAAAGAUGGCUAAACUUGGACUUCUGUUUGAUGGUCAUGUGUCAGAUGCCCUGAGGACUAAAGGAAAGAUCACCACUGCAGAUGUAGCUGCCAUGGAGGAGUACAAGAAUGGCUUGAAGAACACCAAAAAUCUGCUCAUGCAUCUGGACUUGAACCCCUCACAAGAUGACUGCAUUGCUGUUCAACAUGCCAGCACCAUAGUGUCCUUCAGGUCCUCAAAUCUGGUGGCUGCAGGACUUGCAGCCAUCUUGACUCGAAUCAGGCACAACCGUAACUUGAAGACAUUGAGGAUCACUGUAGGUGUAGAUGGAACUCUUUACAAAACGCACCCACAGUAUCCUAAACGCCUUCAUAAAGUUGUGCGCAGGUUACUUCCUGAUUGUCACGUCAGGUUCGUCCUCUCAGACAGCGGCAGCAGCAAAGGAGCAGCUUUAGUCUCAGCAGUCGCCCAAAGAUUGGCAUCAAGGAAAAAACAGGUGGAUGAGAAGCUGUGUCCUUUCAGAUUGAGCCAGGAGCAGCUGCAGUUGGUGAAGGCCAGGAUGAGGGCAGGCCUGGAGGCAGGGUUAAAGACCAGAGGCCCAUCUGCUAUUAAGAUGCUGCCUUCUUAUGUGUACCACACACCUGAUGGGACAGAGCAUGGAAAGUAUCUUGCCUUGGAUCUUGGAGGAACAAACUUCAGAGCAAUGCUGGUGAGGUUUAAAAAAGGCCUGCAACAGAACGCAAGACUUUACCACAAGAUCUACACAAUACCACUGGAGAUCAUGCAGGGAACUGGAGAAGAGUUGUUCGAUCAUUUAGCCCAGUGUGUCAGUGACUUCCUGGACUACAUGGGGAUGAAAAAGGCUCAUCUUCCUGCAGGCUUCACCUUCUCUUUCCCCUGUGAGCAGACGGCUAUUGAUACUGGCACACUGGUGAGCUGGACCAAGGGCUUCAAGGCCACAGACUGUGAAGGACAUGAUGUUGUGGAAAUGCUGAGGGAUGCUAUUAAGAGACGCAAUGAGUUUGAUUUGGACAUAGUGGCGUUAGUUAAUGACACAGUUGGGACCAUGAUGAGCUGUGCAUAUGAAGACCCUCAGAGUGAGAUUGCUCUCAUUGCUGGAACUGGCAGUAAUGUUUGUUACAUGGAGGAACUGAAAAACAUCAAGAAAAUUGAACAGAAGACAGACAAAGAGAAAGAAGAGGAGACACCUGAAGGAGAGGAGCACAAGCAGGGUGAUGGGUCUGAAGGGGAGAAGGAGGACGAUACUGCGGUGCAAAAGAUGUGUAUAAACACAGAGUGGGGGGGUCUAGGCGAUGAUGGCUCUCUGGAUGACAUCAUCACGCCUUAUGACAAAGAGGUGAACCAAAACUCGGUCAACCCUGGAAAACAAAGGUUUGAAAAACUGACCAGUGGGAUGUAUUUAGGAGAAAUUGUUCGUCAGGUGCUGUUGGAUUUAACAAGGAAGGGUUUGCUGUUCAGAGGACACGUCACAGAAGCUUUAAAAACACCUGGAAUAUUUGAGACCAAAUACCUUUCACAGAUAGAGAGUGACCGCCUGGCUCUACUACAGGUCAGACGUAUUCUACAGAGGCUGGGGCUCGACUGCAACUGUGACGACAGUAUCAUCGUCAAAGAGGUAUGUGGAGCCGUGUCACGUCGUGCAGCUCAGCUGUGUGGGGCAGGCAUGGCAGCUGUGGUCGACAAGAUGAGAGAGAACCGAGGACUGGACCAUCUGAGCAUCACUGUAGGGGUGGACGGGGCACUCUACAAACUACAUCCACAUUUCUCUCAGAUCCUCAAAGAUACCACCAGAGCUUUGGCUCCUCAGUGUGACGUGACCUUCCUGCCAUCAGAGGAGGGCAGCGGGAAAGGUGCUGCUCUCAUCGCAGCUGUGGCCCGUCGGAGGCAUGAGAAGUAACUGCACAUGAUUAAAAGGAGAGGAUUUUUACAUGCACAUCAUGAACAUUCUCCAGAAUUCUGGAUACUCAGGGACAGACAUACUCAGACACUGAUAUGUCACCUUGGAUAAAAUCUGAGUCAGCAACAUCAUCUUUAAGCCUGACAGCACAGGACUCUCACCCUAAGGACAUAACACAGGUUGGGAUGCCAGUGGCCUUGAGGUUUAUCCAUGUGCCCCAUGUACAGAGACUGUUGUCCUUGGAUUGGAUGCUAGGGUUCAUGUCCAGCCUGUGGCUCCUUUCCUACGCAUCACUCUCUCUCUCCCUUGUUUCUGACAUUGUCCACUGUCCUAUUUGUAAAGAGGCCUAAAAGCUUAAAAAUAAAUAAAAAGAAGACAUAAUACAGGCUGAUUCUUCACAGG